GAGACCUGUGAUGAGCAAGGUCCCUCCGAGUGAGGUCCGACUGCGGCACCAUGAGGCUUCUGGUCCUCUCCAGCCUGCUCUGCACCCUGCUCCUCUGCUCCUCUGUCUUCUCUGUCGAAGGGAGGAGGCGCCCUGCCAAGCCCUGGAGAGCCAGGCCCUGCUGCCGGCAAGCUCCCAGCCCUGACACGGUGGCCCUGAAAGGUCUGAACGGCGGCGAUCCGGAAACGGGAGGAAAGAGCCCCUCCUUACCUAGACUCCGUGCCAGGCUCUGCAGACCUUGCAAGCCCCACUCCUGGGUGGUGCCAGGAGCCCUCCCGCAGGUGUAGCGCUGCCCUGCGAGCGAGGCCCCAGGGCUGACGCCUCAUGGCCCACACCUGAGGCCAGCUGAGACCUGCGGUGCUGGAGCCCCUCGGCUCGGGGUCGAGGGCCCUGCAGCAGUCCUGGGCUCCGGUCCCAGUCCCCAUCAUGCCGCCACCCUUCGGAGUCAUCGUGAGCCGGGCUCAGCCAACACACCUCAGUCCCCACGUGAUGACUUCAGCGCCACAGUCCAGACCCACCACGACCCACGGCAGCUCCAGAUCCACGGCGCAGCCUGCAGGAGCGCAGGGCGAGCCCCCAGAGGUGCCAGCCAGUGCCGCACUGGUGGCUCAGCCUUCCUCAGACACGCUCGGCCCCCCGGCGUCCACCCACCCAGUGUCCCGGCCUCCUGACAGGAGCCUGCGGGGAAGGGCAUGUCGGCAGUGAAUAAACAAGCAAACGGGUU